GACUGUAAUUGAUGGUUGGACGCGGUUGAACCAUGGGUUUGGGUUUGACGUUGAUUUACCAACUGAAGACAUUCUUCUGCAACGUGCUAGCUACUUUACAAAGCAUAAUGUAUCGUGCACUGAAAGUAUGAUACACUUUGCAUAAAAUGAAACACUUUAUUUAAAAGGUCAGAGGCUCGUUCAACAAGACGUUUUAUCCAAACUAAGAUAAGGUGCACCAUGGCGAAUCAUUUCCACCUGAACACGCCGCUGCUGGAGAGUGUCAGCAUGUCCAAACGCGUGGGAACAGCUGUGUAUCUGAAGAUGGAGAAUUCACAGCCCUCCGGCUCUUUCAAGAUCCGUGGCAUCGGACACCUCUGCCAGCAGAUGGUCAGACAGUCCAAAGGGGUUGUUUGCUCUUCAGGUGGUAAUGCAGGCAUGGCUGCAGCCUACGUAGCCAGAAAAAUGGGUGUACCAGCCACCAUCGUAGUUCCCUCCUCAUCUCCUCAGUUGGUCGUUCAGAGACUCCAGGAUCAGGGCGCUACUGUCAAGAUUACAGGCAAGGUUUGGGAUGACGCCAAUGCAGAGGCUCUCAGACUGGCAGAGACGGAAGGACUCACCUACGUUCCUCCAUUCGAUCACCCCCUGCUCUGGCAGGGCCACAGCAGUAUGAUCACAGAGGUGGCAGCAUCUCUGGGGCCCGGGGUGAAGCCUGGAGCUGUGCUGCUGUCUGUGGGCGGAGGAGGGCUCCUCUGUGGUGUCAUCCAGGGCCUGAAGGAUGUAGGCUGGACAGAUGUACCCGUCGUUGCAAUGGAGACGGUGGGGGCCGACUGUUUUAACGCUGCGGUUAAGGCGGGGAGGUUGGUCACCCUGGAUGACAUCACCAGCGAGGCGAAAUGUCUCGGAGCAAAGACCGUUUGCAAGAAAGCUUUUGAAUACAGCCAGUGCAACGAGCUUACAAUCAUUUCUGAACUUGUGACUGACGAGCAAGCUCUGCGUGCUGUCGAAACAUUCCUGGAUGAAGAGCGUGUGUUGGUGGGGAUGGCGUGCGGAGCAACUAGCAGCUGUCUACAGCGGACUUAUACGCAGAUUACAGGUGAAGGUCUGCUGCCGACUCUCUUGGGCCCCCUGCUGGUGAUCGUGUGCGGUGGCAGCAGCGUCGACAUGGAGCAGCUGACCAACCUCAAACACAAACUGCAGACUUAAAGUACUGUAUGUACUGUAUGCAAACGUGUGUGUACGGGCAACCCAUUCUCACUCCUAACUCAACUUCAAAUACAGCAGCUUUUUCAGUGGCUCUCAGCAUCUGAUACUGACGCACAAGGCCCCCGUUGAGUCUGUAUGAGACAGUCUUGCAAUUGCUCGACCUCGGCGCUGUGACAUGACGUAGUAUUAAGAGCGGCGAAGUCCGCGUGGGGGGGGAAAGUCGGGAUGGAUGGAUGUGGAACUUAUUUGAACUAAUAUAACAUGCCAACUAAGUUACGUUACAUAGGUAACAUAAUUUAACGUCACACACGUAAGUUAUGCAGCAAACACACUUUUAAGUUCAAUUCAGUUUUAUUUAUAUAGCGCCAAAUCACAACAGUUAUCUCACUGCGCUUUUCAUAAAAGAGCAGGUCUAGACCGGACUCUGUGAGGUUAUUUACAAAACUCAACAAUUCCCACCAAGAGCAAGCAACAGGCGACAGAGGCAAGGAAAAACUUCCUUUUAAGAGGCAGAAACCUCGACCAGAACCAUGGCUCAGGGUGGGCGGUCAUCUGCCUCGACCGCCCACCCUGAGUCAAGCCACGCUCUGCGUGGAGUCUCGGCAGAACCAUGAAUGAGUCUUAAGCAUAACUAACCCUGCCUUGCAUGUUGAAAAAUGACGUCAAAGUGGUUUCCAGUGCGUUCAAAAGGGUGACGCUUAGGGGUACUGACUAAGCGGCCGUAUUAUUAUAUUAAUGUGAAACCAUGUGAGUCUAUUUGCGUGACCACUGUUGGGCUACACCAGCUAAACGAACUGGGUUGAUGGAUGAAUAAAUAAAAAAAAGUGCAAGAACUACAGAAAUCUAAUGUGGAAACAAAAUUGUGGUUUGCAAUGUUGGUAGUUAAGAAAAUUAGUGGCUCUUAUUUUGCAGUUUACUUUUUAAGUCGCGUGUAGUAUGAAAAUGCUAUGUCUUCAGUUAUAAAUAAGUGAGUGAGUCAUUACAUGUAAACGAGUUUUAAGAAUUCAAUUACUAAGGGUAACUGCGACUCUGUGCUGCAUGUCAUCCCCCCUCCCCCCUCCCCUUUCAUUUCUUGAGCUGUCUUGUCAAUAAAGUUCUAAAAGGCUCCCAAAACUUAAAUAUACAGUAUAUACUGUAUAUUUCAGUUACUAGGUUUUACCACAUGGUGGUGUCAGUUCACCAUGCUACACACUGGUCAUCCAGUCUGAAACGAUUCCGCAUCGAACAGAUUGUUGAUGUGAUUUAAUCAUAAAUUAAAUGUACUUCAGCACCAACAGCCUGAGUUAUUACUACAUAUUACCUUUCAUCGAAAUAUUUGUGCAUUUGAGUCUUCCCUCGGCCCUUUUGUGGAUACAUGUGCAGCCCUGGUCAGUUCGAGCCAUUUUCACCCACACAUUCAAUUUAGUAGUUCAGUCAAUUUGUGUUAUGUGUAGGAAGUUAUUACUAUGGAAACAGCUCCUUACUUUUCAGCCUGCGUCAGAGAAAUCAGUGGAAAGUGUUGCAUUUAACAACCUGUUAAUAGUCUUUGCUUUCUUUUGAAACUCUCAGACAGUUGCAUAAUAUAUCAGGUUCACAAAGAGCACUAGCAGAAAAUUGACUUAAUUCUAACUUGGUAUUCAUCCAUUUGAUGACACUAAAGACUGAUCUGUUAAUAACACAUUUGAAUAAAGAUAAUUAAUGUAAACUUUG